AUGUCGUCUCCAGUUGCCCUGACAGCCAUCAUCACUCUCAAUCCCGGGGCUGAACAGAAGUUCAUUGAGCUCUUCAACAAAUGCGCGGAAUACUCCAAAGAGAAUGAACCUUUCGUUUGGACCUAUGAGCUGAGCAGGGGACGGGUCGAUCAGAAAGGCGAAGUCACGGACUUGGUCAUCCGCGAAGUCUACGAAAACCAAGCGUUGAUGGAGAAACACCUCGCGGGUGCACCGGUCCAAGAGCUGAUUAAGGGCAUUGGAGAGGGACUUGUAAAAGAGUCCAAGAUUAUCUACACCGACUAUAAGCCUGCGGUUGGAUUCCCUUCAAGGUUGUGA